AUGUCCCAAAAAGAAGAAAUAAAAGGAAAAACUCGCGGAACAAGAAAUGGCCCUGGAAAAAUUGAGAGACAGCUGCGUAAGAAAAAUUUGGUGUUGUUCGGAGUUGAGGAAAAAAAGGAUUCAUAUUUUGAUCUGGUAGAUACCGUUUUGGAAAUAAUAAAAGAGUUUAUGAAAAUAACUUGCGAAAAACAAGAAAUAGAGUCUGUUCGAAGAAUAGGAAAAAUUGGCUCUAAAAACUCUCCUUACUAUAUCAUGGAAGAUUAUCCUAAGAAAAUAUUAGAAAAACGAAAACACUUAAAGGAAGACCUGGCAAAAGAAAUAGAGCAAGGAAACAAUGCAGUCGUCAGGUAUGAUAAAAUUAUAAUUCUUAAGGACAAAAAAUUACUGAAGCAAAAUAACAAGAGAAAUUUAUCGGUAUCACCAGAAAACUCUGGAACAUUCAACUCUCCAUUUACCAAUAACAUUACUCAGAUUUCUAAAAGGAAUAGGACUAUUAAAGCAUUUAUGGCAACAACAAAAGUGAAAGAAAAUAUGACGAAGAGGGUUAAGGAUACCAUGGAAUCUACGGAAUAG